GUUAAAUAUAGAACAUAAUAACAAAAAGGGUGAGAGCGGGCCAAUUGUGACCUAGAAAGUUUAGCCCGCAGUAUACAAUGACAGACUACGCUAACGAGCCCGCGGUGGCCAAUCUACGGGAUUACCUCCGAAUACGCAGCGUCCAUCCCAAUAUUAAUUACAAUGAAUGUCUGACGUAUUUAAGACGUCAGGCCGUCGAGCUGGGCCUGCCAGUCCAGGUGGUCGAAGCGGUGCCCCGGAAGCCAGUCCUCGUGAUGACCUGGGAAGGCCUGGAGCCCAACCUGCCGAGUAUUCUACUCAACUCGCAUAUGGACGUCGUUCCUGUAUUCGAGAAAAGCUGGACCUACCCUCCUUUCGAAGCGCGUAUAGUGGACGGAGUUAUUUACGCGCGCGGAGUGCAAGACAUGAAGACCACUGGUGUGCAGUACAUAGAGGCGGUGCGGCGGUUGAAGAGCAGGGGCAUCAGGUUGAAGAGGACCUUGCAUUUGAGCUUCGUACCAGAUGAAGAGGUGGGAGGUCACAAUGGUAUGAGCGAGUUCGUGAAGACGGAUCACUUCAGGAACCUGAACAUCGGGUUCGCGCUGGACGAGGGGCUCGCCAGUCCUGAUGACAACUUCGUGGUUUACAACGCCGAGAGGAGCAUAUGGCAUGUGACAGUUACAUGUCCAGGGAAAUCUGGCCACGGCUCGCUGCUCCUCCCGGACAACUGCGGAGAAAAGAUUCGCUAUAUCAUUGAUAAAUUCAUGGAUCUGCGCAAGGAAUCGAAAGCGAAGCUCGAGAGUGACCCCGAGUUGACUAUUGGUGAGGUGACCUCUGUCAACUUGACCAUGUUAAAUGGCGGCAUUCAGAACAACGUGAUUCCAGAGAAGUUGACUGCCAGCUUCGACAUCCGUUUGGCACUCUCUGUGAACUUUGAGGAGUUUGAAAAUAUGAUAAAGCAGUGGUGCAUUGAAGCAGGAGACGGUGUGACAUAUGAGUUUGAACAGAAGGACGUGUACGUAGCCCCCACCAGCGUCGACAGCACCAACCCCUACUGGGUGGCGUUCAAAGCAGCCAUCGACAAGCUCAAUGUGCCACUGAAAGUGCGCACUUUCCCUGGUGGUACAGACUCACGUUUCAUUCGCCAGCUGGGCAUCAGCGCGCUCGGCUUCUUCCCGCACCGACACACUCCGCCUGCGUUACACGAACACAACGAGAGUCUGCGUGUUUCUGUGUUCCUCGACGGCAUCACCGUCUACACAGACAUCAUCCCCGCUCUUGCCAAUGUGUAAACAUUUGUACCAAAACAAUUGUUUUACCAUAAUAAAGUCAUUAAAGCCUA